CUGCAUCAGCAGCACUGCAGUCAGGCAGUCGCAACACUGCGGUAAUGGGAAACCUUCAGCAUGGACUCACAGCUUCACACGUCAGUAACGGUGCAUGUGUCUUCAUCCGUCACAGGCAGCGUAUUGUGGUGCUGACACUGUGAGCGUGUACAGAUGCGCUCACUGCAGCACAGAUCGCCUUCACUCUGAAACACUGCAACAUCACAGACACACACAGAUCUCCUCCAGCUCCGAUCCUGAUCCGUCUCCUCCGGUUCCUGUCCAUCCGUCUGCUCCGGGCUGCUCCAUGCAGGGGAGCGGCUGAUCCAUGGGCCGCUCUCCAGUGAGCCUGUCCAGACUGAAGCUGGGGAAGCUAAAGGUGGUGCGGCGGCAGCUGCUGCAGCGCUAUGAGCACCAGCCGUUUGUCUCCUGUCUGGCCGGCCUGUACGGCUGCCAGUGGAGACGCUACCAGCGCGCCAAAGCCCAGCCGGGGGAAUGCUGCUGUAGUCGGUUGGAGUGCAGUUGUUUCGCUCUCCUCAUCGUAACGUUUAUCCUGACCCUGAUAUUCCUGUACUUCUGGAGUGAGGCGCAGAAUGACUACAACGACUUCGACUGGUUUAACUUCGGGAACCUGGGCUUCUGGUUCCCGUGGUCGGUGGUGUUGCUGGUGGUCGCCGCCGCUCUCUUCACCUACAUCGCCCUCCUGCUGGUCCUAGCGGUGUGCCUUCUCUCUGAAGGACAGAGGCUUUACCUCCACUGGAGCCACAAGAUUGGUAUCCUGGUGACUCUCAGCUUCUCUAUCAGUGCCACAGCUGUGCUCUCUGACGUGUGGAGCAAAGAAUGGACCACGCUGCUCCUUUCUUUUCAGGUUACAGCACCCUUCCUUCACGUGGGCGGAGUUUCACUAAUGACACUUCUGUCCUGGCCAAUAGCCUUACACUUCUUUCGCAUGAACAAGAGAGUGAGGCAGGUGGCUCUCCUCAGCUUGUUCCUGGCGGUUCUCUUCGCCCUGUAUCUAGUGCCAUUGGGCAUGUAUUCACCCUGUAUUAAAGAGAAGGGCACACUGGGGCCAGCGCCCACCCUCUUCGGGCACAGAGGAGCACCCAUGCUUGCACCGGAAAAUACCCAGAUGUCCUUUGAGAAGGCUGUAGAAUCGGGAGGAGAGGGACUGGAGACAGACGUCACAAUCAGUUAUGAUGGCGUCCCGUUCCUGAUGCAUGAUAGCACCCUGAGGAGGACGACCAACGUGCAUGAGGUGUUCCCCAACCGGACGGACACACCGGCGGCCAUGUUCACCUGGGAUGAGCUGGAGAUGCUCAGCGCUGGAUCCUGGUUUCUUCAAAGGGAUCCUUUCGGCACGGCCUCUUCUCUUGAUGUAGACGAGAAGGACCGGGUCCGAAACCAGACAGUACCCACCCUGAAAGAGUUCCUGGAUCUGGCUGCCCAGCACGAGAAGCUGGUGAUCUUUGACCUCAGAUGCCCCCCCCGAGGACACCCCUACAGAGACACAUGGAUCACACGCACCCUGGAGGUCAUACACAACGAGUCCUCCAUUAACUCCAGCCAGGUGUUGUGGCUGCCGGCCGAUCAGAGGAGUCUGGUGCAGGAGCUGGACCCCGAGCUGCAGCAGACGUCUGGAGAUCACGCCUCCAUAGAAGAGCUGCAGGAGGAGCACAUCGUCCGACUCAACCUUCAUUACAGCUACAUGUCACAGGAGCAGAUCAGAAAGUACUCCUCUGUGAACAUCAGCACUAACCUGUAUGUGAUCAGUCAGCCGUGGUUAUAUUCGCUGGCGUGGUGCGCAGGCGUUCAUUCAGUCACUACAAACUCCCUGCACAUCCUCAAGAAACUACAGCGCCCCUUGUUCCUCAUGACUCCAGAUGAAUACAGACUGAUGUGGAUCCUGACCGACAUAGUCUCUGCUUUCCUCAUCACCGCUAUUUUCAUAUUCCAUUGGUGGCGUGAGCGAGGCUUGCCCUUCUGGUCGGGCAGUAGACAGGUGAAUGAGAACGGACCGUACAGCAAGUUCCGGACGGAAGCGUCUGAGGUCCAAGGCAUCCGCUGGAACCCUCUGUUCUUUGACGGGCCGUCACCGUCCCGGGACCUCGACCUCACCCUGCAUGUUCCCCCUAUGCAUGGCUUCCCCGUCCCAAUCUGACCCUCCAUCACUCUCGUUAUGAGCCGCUUUCAUCUCUCUCCUUCUCGUCCACGCUCCGUCCGGAUGGCAGAGCUGAGCGACGUCUGGUCCAUCUCAAGCAUCAGCGUCCGUGGAGGGGCUCAGAGCUCGCCCCUCACACCCAACCUGCCCACCAUCAGCGAGGAGCCGCCCAUCUGAACCCCUCACAACACCGAUCU